UGAGUUUCUGGCUGCAGGCCUUCGUACCACAUCCUCCUCGCGCUGGCUUCUUCCUUUGAAACGCACCUGCUUCCACUUCAUCUAUUCCAUGCUUGCGAGCAGCACGCAGGCUAAACGCAUCAAAAGAACGGCGUGGGUUUCCGGCAACACUCAAAUAUUUCGUCCUCAGCCCCCAUGGCACCACAGAUCAUCACCUGCAAGGACCAGCCCGCGCCACAGUGGCCUCGCUGCAACGUAUUCGAGCUGAUCGCUUCUAACCCGAACAAGAUUCCCGACUCGAACCCCGCAUUCAUUCGUGCUGAUGGCAAGGAGCUCAGCCGCGGACAACUCUUCGAAGACAGCAAGCGGCUCGCGCAUGCAUUCGUGCACAAGCUUGGCUUGAAUCCCGGCGAUCGCGUCGGAAUCCUGAGUCCAAAUAGCUGCUAUUACCCCAUUGCCGUCUUCGCCAACUUCAUCGCUACGACCGUCAGCGUGCCUUUAAAUCCCGGCUAUGGCGCCGACGAGCUGAUCCACCCGAUCCAGGAUUCCGGCACCAAGUACCUCCUUGUGCACCCUUCAGUGAUCGACGUUGCGCGACAGGCAGUUGAAUCCGCUGGGCAGAAAGACACGACGAGUGAGGGAAUCAAGCGGAUCUGGAUCUUGGCAGAUGACGAUGAGAUGCAAAAGGGCAAUCGAGGAGAGCAGGAUGUCAGAACGUUGCUUGGAGAUGGUCGACUGGAGCCGCGGAAGGUCAAGAACCCGGAGGAGACCAAUGCUUUCAUUGCUUAUAGCAGUGGAACGACUGGUAAGAGCAAGGGCACAGAACUGACACACCACAACAUGACAUCGGUCCUGAAAAUCAUCCAGGUCGGUGUACCUGAAAUCACACACAAGGACAUCCACGUAGGUGUCCUGCCUUUCCAGCACAUCUUCGCUAUUUCCAAGCACGUUCAACAUGCGCCUUACACCGGCACGCCUGUAGUCGUCCUGCCGAAGUUCGACCUGGAGCAGUGGCUCUCGACGGUCCAGCACUUCAAGGUCACUAUCGCCAUGGCCGUUCCCCCCAUUCUCGUCCUGCUUGCCAAGCAUCCCAUCAUCGACAAGUACAAUUUGAGCUCGCUGAAACUACUCCUGUGCGCUGCGGCGCCGCUUUCGGCUGAGUUGGGGGAUGAAGUGGAGAAGAGGAUUCCCACCGUGAGGGUUACGCAGGGUUGGGGUUUGACGGAAACGAGUCCAACUGCCACUUUCACUCCUUCGCACAUGUAUCGCAAUGCAAAGGGAAGCGCGGGACGCCUCCUGCCUGGCCUGGAGAUGCGCAUCGUCGACGAUGACAGCCGGGAUGUAGGACACGAGCAAGGCGAUAAGGGAAAGCCAGGGGAGAUCUGGGUCCGUGGACCGACGGUCUUUAGGAGAUACCUGAACAACAAGGUUGCUACAGAUGAUUGCAAAACCUCGGAUGGAUGGUUCAAGACGGGGGAUGUUGGCAUUUAUCUUAAGGAGCAAAUCUACAUUGUGGACCGCAAAAAGGAACUGAUUAAAUACAAGGGCUACCAAGUCGUACCUUCCGAGCUCGAGGCGCUGCUCCUGCAGCACCCUGAAGUAGCAGACGCUGCUGUCCUCGGUGUCUACUCGAAGGAGGAAGCGACCGAGUUCCCGCGUGCACACGUCGUCCCGCGCUUGGGUCUGUUUGACCCCAACAAGGACAAGCAGAAAGUGGACGAGUUUGCAAAGGAGAUAUACAAAUGGACGACGGAGCGCGUCGCCAACCAUAAACGCCUCCGCGGUGGCGUGAAGGUCGUGGAGAGCGUGCCGAAGAGUCCGUCUGGCAAGAUUCUACGGCGGAUCCUCCGCGACCAGGCGGCAGCAGAAGGAAAUGAGGCUCGUGCACGGCUCUGAUCGCCCAUGGACUAGCUUUCUGGAGCAUAGAUGAUCUGCAAAGACACAAUGUCCUUUAUAGGCCAAUUGCACCCGAUCACUCCUGGGCCCUGGAUCGCGUUUCUCACACUU